AUGGAUAAAGUGAAUCAAAAAAAGUUGCGACCUCCUUUUCCUUUGUACAAACGUUUUCCAACUCGUUUUGAAAGAGCGACUUAUAAAGUAUAUAAUGCUUUCGAAAAUCGCCUCUGGCCAAUGCCUCCAUCCUUAUUCUCAUUGUCUCUUGUUGGAAGUGCUGCCUAUCAUUACAAAAUGGAACUUCUUCCAAAAUUUGAAAACAAAUAUUUGGAAUUUGCAAAGCUUGGCUUAGUCUCAUUCUCAUCCGUUUAUGUUCCUAUUUGGAUUGUAAGACAGUUCCUCAGUCGAUUCUAUUUCACAUACAAAGGUUUUCUUUUUGAACAACCAAAAAAGCCAUCAAUAACAACAAAAAUAUGGGGCGCUCUGCGGUCUCUUCUCUCACUAACUCCUCCACUCCUCAAAUCCUGUGAUAAGUUGUUGCCAAGUCCAUCUUGCCCAGAUCUUGAUGAUACUGUCAGGAGAUACUUGGCUUCUGUGAAAAACUUAUUGGAUGAGGAAGAAUUCAAAUUAGUCUCUGAGCAAGCAGAAACGUUUCUACGAGAGGAAGGUCGUAAGCUGCAUACGUAUGCUCGCAUGUACUCACUGUUUGCUGAUAACUAUGUCACACCUUUCUGGGAGAAAUAUGCUUAUUUAUACAGCAAGGCACCUGUGCUCAUAAAUAGCAGUGUAGCUCAUGUUGAUUUGUACAAAGAUAAACCUGCAACUUGGCCUGUAAGAGCUGCUCAUGUAUUGUACAUUGAAGCGUUAUCUCAAUUGGCUAUUGAUCGUCAACAAUUCAAACCUCUUGGUGAUGGCUUGUUAUGUGCACGACACUAUGAGAAAAUGUAUGCUGUCACCAGAGUCCCAGACGCACAAUGCGACUAUCUGAAGAAUUACGGAAUAUCAAAGCAUGUGGUUCUUUACUAUAAAGGUAGUUUCUACAAAAUACAAGUUUGCGAUGAGAAGAAUAACAUGUAUUCGGUGGAUCAAUUAACAAAAAUUUUUGCUGAACUUGUAUCACGAGAAGGACUCGAUGCAGACAACGCCGAAAAACAAUCAGUUAAAACAAAACAUGUGGCCGCGUUGACCUGCGAUACAAGAGAUAAGUGGGCUGCAAACCGUGAAAAGUUCUUCUUGAAUAACCCUGUAAAUAAAAAAACACUCGAAGAGAUAGAAAGUGCCAUAUUUUUCCUCAUUUAUGAUGACACUGAUGAGUAUGAAUAUAAUCCAGACAAGCCAGAAGUUCUAUCUAACUAUAUGAGAAAUAUGUUAACUGGAAACGGAGCUAAUAGAUGGUCCGAUAAAUCUCUCAAUUACAUAGUCGCUAAGAACACAAGGUGUGGAGGAACAACUGAACAUUCUAUUGCUGAUGGCUCUGAGUUUGAUCAUAUCAUGGAAAACUUCGUUUACAUGGAUACACAAAUUUUAAAAUACCCUUCAUUAGAAGAACAGAAAAAGAUUGAAAAGAUUUCUGAAGAGGAGAAAAAACAGCUCAUUUUCGCUAAACAGCUAGAAAUCGAAGUCUCGGAUGAGAUGGCCUCCGAAAUUGAACGAUGUAUGUUAUCUCACACUCAAGCUGCGGAUGACGUUGAUAUUUCGAGUCUCAUUUUCCGAGAUUUUGGAAAAGGCCUCAUCAAGAAGUUUGGAGUUUCUCCUGAUGGUUUCAUCCAAAUGGCAAUUCAAGUAGCGCAAAUCUAUGAUCAAGGAAAAUUCGUCUUAACAUACGAGCCAGCCUCAGCUCGUUUCUAUAAGUUUUCUCGAACGGAAACGUUGAGAACUGUUUCCGAUGAGUCGUGCGACUUCGUCAGAUCAUUCAUGAAUGCUGAAAUAACGAAAGAGGAAAAAAUUGAAAAACUGAAGAAAGCUUGCGUUACUCAUGGCAUUAGAAACCGAGAAUGUAUGGUCGGCAAAGGAGUUGAUCGUCACUUGUUUGUGUUGUACAUAUUGAGCAAAGGAACUGGCAUUUCCUCAGCGUUCCUGGACUAUUAUAUUUCCCAGAAAUGGCUUCUUUCUACCUCUCACGUUCCUAAUGUUACUAACCAAGUUGACGAAGAUGCUCUUCUAGAAGACACUUGGCUGGGUGCCAGUUUCGCAGCUGUAGCCAAGAACGGUUAUGGUGUUUGUUAUCGUUUCGGAGGAAACCACUCUAUCAUUGCCCAUAUUUCCAGCUUCCAUUCAGCUGAUAACACGAGCUCUAAAAGGUUUACUGAAAAUUUCACCAAAACGUUGAAGGAAAUGGCAGCUCUCUUUGAAUAA